CCAUUUAUACCGGGCUAGGGUUUUCUCCUCCUGGGCCGGCACGCGACGGGAUGAUCCUCCAUUCGAGCUCGUAGAUCUGAGGCGCCGCGCUCCUCCACCAAUUCCCGAGCUGAUCAAUUGGAGCGCGCGCCUCGCGGAUCCGAAUUUGGUGGAGGAAACAUGGCGUUCGCAGUGAGGCAGCAAAAAUGUAAGUCUUGCGAGAAGACAGUGUAUCUGGUAGAUCAGCUAAGCGCCGAUGGGGUGCUCUAUCACAAGGCGUGCUUUCGAUGCCAGCAUUGCAAGGGAACGCUCAAACUUAGCAACUAUGCAUCGUUGGAAGGCGUCUUGUAUUGCAAGCCACAUUUGGAGCAGCUCUUCAGAAAGACUGGAAGUUUUGACAAGAGUUUCGACAGCGUUGGAACGCCGAAAAAUUCGCUCAAACAAGAACGUGAACGUGAAACGGUCCCCUCGAAGCCAGUCGUGAGCAAGCUGAGUAGAUUGUUUUCUGGAACUCAAGAGAAAUGCGUCAGCUGCUCCAAGACGGUGUACCCUCUCGAAAAGGUUAGUGUGGAGGGUCAAUCUUAUCACAAGUCUUGCUUCAAAUGCACGCACGGAGGUUGCGUAAUCAGCCCCUCAAACUACGCAGCCCUGGAAGGUAUGCUGUAUUGCAAGCACCACUAUUCACAGCUCUUCAUGGAGAAAGGAAACUAUAGCCAGCUUACCAAAGCAGCGUCGAUGAAACUCCCGGCCAAAACGGAGUUGUGAGUGACGAUUUGAUGAUGCGACUGGGAAGACUGGAGCAGGGAUUUGGAGAUGAGUCGCUUUAAUCCAUUUGAAGGGGCCUCGGAUUUGUUUGGUAAGCCCGAUUCGUGCGUAGCUUUCUUCUACUCUCUUUUUCCUGUUUGUCUUUCGCGAUAAUUGUCCCCCUAUAGAUUAUGACAGACACUCAGCACAUUGAGCGAAGAGAAAAGAACGAGAAAAAAAUAUUUGCCGAGAUCUCACAGCUGUGGUGUACUUGUCACUUAUUUAUUUUGUGGAAGUUUCCAUCUAAAACACAAUAAAGAGAUUGGUGUGUAGGACGGGACACCUGUCA